GCCUAUACACGUGUCGUUUGGGAUCUCUUGAAGACUGCCUCUGAUUGUGCUGAAAACUUUGAGAAGUCAAAAUGACAGUCAAUCAACUUGCGACACAUGUCCCUGACUUGGUGAUGGUAGGAAACCAAAUCAAAGCUCUUCCUCACAGUCAACGGUUUGACGGCGUCCUCAUGUUUGCUGACAUAUCAGGAUUUACUGCCCUGACUGAGCGGUACAGCAUGAGUUCACGCAACAGCACAUGUGGAGCAGAGAAGCUGUCUGCUGCCCUCAAUAGUUACAUCGGAGAUAUCGUAGACAACAUCAUCGGGUCUGAAGGAGAUAUUCUGAAAUUUGCAGGAGACGCAUUCCUGGCUCUAUGGAAGCUGAAACGAGAUAGCCUGGACUACACACUGAUGAGGGUCAUCAAGUGUGGGCUGCGCAUCCAGGAGAGGUGCGACAAUAGAGAGACGGAGGUGGGCGUCAAGCUUCGUGUCAAACUAGGUGUGUCUUUAGGCCCUGUUCGUGUGACCACAGUAGGCAACGAGGAAUCUCGUCACUACGUACUGAGCGGGCUGGCUGUGGACGACGCUAACAAGGCUGAGAAGUUUGCUACCUCGGGAUCCUUGGUCCUGUCCCCCAAGACGUGGGCUUAUACGCCCGACCAUCAGUUCAUCGAGCACCUUGUGCUGGAGGACCGUAGACAUGUCUCGGUUUUGUCAAUGAUUGCCGAGCCCAUCAACGACCCCGGCACCAAGAUCGAUCUCAGUUACGGCAACCAGUACACAAGAGACAUGAGGAAGAGCGGUGAUAACCUGACCGCGGGACCGAGUGUCACCGUAGUGCGACUGUCAUGUUCCAAGCCGGCCUCGUCAGAUGAACACUACGCUGAUGCGGUCGGCAGAAAACGCGAGUGUGCCUUUCGGUCGAGCACGGACGACGAAAAAUCCCGACUGCGCAUGUACGUCAUCAAACCGGUUCUGCAGAAGAUUGAUGACGGUCUGCCUUUAGAGUAUCUCUCAGAGAUGAGACAGGUCAGUGUGGUCUUCAUUAACUUGGUGGUGACGUCAUCAGACCACGACAGCGAGAGAAGAAACCUCCACAAGGCGUUCAACGUGGUAUAUGACGACAUGAAGGAAUAUCAAGGAUGUGUGAACAAGGUUUUCAUGUUUGACAAGGGAUGUACAUUUCUUGCCAUCUUUGGUCUUCCCGGGUACAAGCAUGAGGACGACUGCGCACGCGCACUUCAGUGCUCCUACCGUCUACUGGAACACCUGAAAGCGACCCCUAAUGUCACGCAAGCGUCAAUUGGUGUUACCACAGGCUCGACAUUUUGUGGUGUGAUUGGCCAUGUUCACAGACACGAGUAUACCGUUAUUGGGAGGAAAGUGAACAUGGCAGCCCGUUUGAUGAUGCAUUACCCAGGGCGAGUAUCAUGCGACCCGGAGACAUUCCAUCACUCAAAGCUUGCCAGACACUUCUUCCGUGAGCUGCCUCAUAAGGAGAUGAAAGGAGUUCGUAAUGCUGGCGUCAUCCAGGAGUUCGUGGAAGGAGAACAAUCUGAGGUUGUGGUGGGAAGCACUGUGCCAGAGUUUGAAUAUCCAUUACUCGGUCGUGAUAAAGAAAUGGGCGUAUUCCUGAACGAGCUACAGAUGAUUCAGGAGCACAGGGAACGAGGCGAACACCGGAGAGUCAUCAUAUUUGACGGUCAGGCGGGUAUUGGUAAGACCAGGAUGCUGGACUCGGUCAUCGUGGAAGCUGCUCGCCAGGGUAACAGGGUGAUAUCUUGUGCCCUGACGAUGAACGACGUCACUGUACCAUACUAUACCGUCAAGCAUCUGGUCACCAUGCUACUGGAGAUGGAGGACUGCGUCAGUCACGUGGAAAGGGAGCAUGCGCUCUUGGAGCAUAUCCAGAACGAGGCUCUGCGGGAAGAUCUUUGCCUGUUGAAUGACUUGCUCGUUCUCAAAUUGCCGACAAAUCCUAGGUUUCACAACAUGAAGAGCGAACAGCGCAUACAGGAGUUGCACAGCCUGAUCGGCCAGAUUGUCCACCAGUUCACAUUGAGCCAGUGCGUGAUAUUCGCCGUGGACGACGCUCAUUUUAUCGAUCCGGACUCCUGGGACUUCCUGACGGACUUUGCCGAAGACUCUUCUGCGGUCUGCGUGCUGACCAUGCGGCCGUUCAAGCCGGACCGGCCGCCGUGCGUCGCUGCCCACCGCGUGCUGCUCCACGCCAACACGCUGCAUAUCAAGCUGGGCGGUCUGAGGUCGGCGGAAAUGGCGUCAUUGGCUUGCCAGUUGCUGGAUGUCGUAAGCGUACCUGAGGACCUUGUUCGUAUACUUCAGAAGAAAAGCCACGGCAUAGCCUCCUGGUGCGAGCAGCUUCUCCAGGAGCUGACGGCGGCCAACCAGCUCCUCAUCGUGCCAGAGGGAAGCCUUCAAGCCGCCCAGGCCGAGGACCAGACCAGUCACGUCACUCCAAGCUUGGCCGUGCUUCAGAAGCGGCGAGACAGUAGCGUGAACGGCGGGGCGCCCAGCCGAAGCAGGCGAAGCAGUGUGGAUAGCGGGACUUCUCCGAUGUUCCAGCAGCAGAUCGCACCGACCCUCCUGGAGAGGCUCCAGGAGCUACAAGAAGAAGGCCUGGCGGCCCAAGAAGAAGACGAUGAGGCCAAGAUGGUGUGCGUGGUGGCCUCGGAAGUUAAGAUGACCGACAUACAGAUACCAGACUCCAUGACAGGAAUGAUGCUGGCUCGCAUUGACCACAUGAAACCUUCCGAGCAAAUGAUGGUCAAAUGUGCCGCCGUGCUGGGUCUCACGUUCACCUGCCGCAUGUUGGAGCUGAUCGUCCCCAACACCACACCCUGGAAGAUCCGUCGCCUCCUCCACGCCUUGAUGAAAGCCGGGGUGUUCGAGUGCGCCACGUACUACAUGACGAUCCACGGCACCACGCAGCGACCCAGCCAGGGCAUGGCUAGCUCUGUCUCCAGUCACUUUGGGACCCUCGGCCACGGCAACCGGCUCUCCGCCGGUAUCAUCUGCCACUGUCCCAAGACCGAGCGACCGGAAGCUGAGCUGAGCUCCGUGGAUGCUUCGGCUGGUUCCUCUCACAUGUUCGUGACUGACUGCAGUAACCUGCGGUUUACCAGCGCCUUCAUGCAGGAGACGGCGUACGGCCUGUUCCUGGCCGAGCAGCGGCGCAAACUCCAUCGCCAAGCCGCCGAGUUCCUGGAGUCGCAGGCGCACAAGUGUGUGGCAUGCGGCGGUGGGGACUUCCUACCAGGAGGCCAUCAACUGACUGAAGAGACAACUCUCAAAGUGGCGACGACUAAGAAAACUAGCAGUGAUCACGCACAACACGAAGAACUGCAUGCCAAUAAAGACACCAAUGACAAGCCUGGAGGAAGUCAUACAAAUGCUGGUCGUAAUACUCGGCAUGUCAGCUUUGACAAAGUGCGGACAGAGCAAGAUACAUUCGUACAGGAUCGGACCGAGAAUAUGAUGGGUUCCCUCAAGAAAAGUCUGAAGCGUCGCAAGGUGGCCUCCGUGUCGCCCAACACGGAGGAACCUGACGGCUCACACAUUCUGAUCCACGAAGAGGAAGAUAGUGAUGAUGAAGUGAGACAGCCCGCGACCAAGCCCAAGACCACGCCCAGAGGUGUGCGGGGAAGAAGAGGCACCCUGGUCCUGCGUAAAGGCUCGUUAGAUCGCAACAUUAGUGUUAUCAGCUUUGGUGAGGUGUUGGACUCGCCGGCCGGCAGCCGUUCGGGUAGCCUCACCACCCUAGACUUUGAGCAGAUGGAUCUGCGUGAGUGCCGGUGUACGGACGUACUCAACUCCGUGUACCCACAGCUCGUGCGGCACUGGCGCGCUGCUUGCCACACAGUCAAGACGGUGCAUUUCUUGUCGGAGGCUGGCAGUGCGGCAGUGGCUACCGGCAACAACAUGCAGGCUUUGUCUUACUUGCAAGAAGCUGUCGACAUCAUUAGUGACAUCGACAGAGGGCACAAUCCCCUGACGGACGAUCCGACGCAGCUCGUCACGAUCGACAAACAAGAGCGCGCCAAAAUUGAGAGCACCAUGGGUCAGGCUUUGUUCAAAAUGAAUCGACUGGACGAGUCCAUGCCGCACUUUCACAAGUCACUAAGGCUCCUUGGCAACCGUCAGCCAUCUUCCAGAGUUGGCGCGCAUUUCAAGUUAUUCAUCGCGAAAUUUCGGCAGCUCUUCCAUGUCUGGUUCCCAGAGCACUCCUUUGGAAAUCCUUCCAAACGGGAGAAGUAUUUGGAGCAGGCUCGCUGCCUGUCGCACAUGUGGCAUUCGUACGACCGACAGCAGGACACUCUACGGUGUCUCCUAUCGGCCAUCCAACAAGUAAAUCUCGCCGAAAAUGCAGAAGAUGACCUCCACGAGCUCACCAGCGCUUACACCAAUAUGAUGCUGUGCUGUCAGAUGAAAAAAUGGGCGGACACAGGUCGGCGCUACGAACAGAUUGCAAUGCGAAGAUGCGUCGAUUCACCAAUCGGCAUUGGUCCUGAUGACCUCAUUACCAUAGGUCACCUGUACGCCGUCAGUACGGGCAUUCGGCUUGCCAGUGGCCAGGUACAGGGCGCCAUUGACACAGGAUACAGCGCACUGAAGAUAUCAGAAAAGAUUCACGACAUUGAGCUACAGAUACAAACGCUCCCUCUCUUGGCAAACGCACUCCUUCUGGCAGGCAGAAUGACGUCAUGUGUGGAGAUGCUGGGUAAACUCUUGUACGCAGCUACGGAGGAAGAAGACUCGUUUGCCCGUGGAGCAUAUUACUGCUGCUGCUUAGAUCUCAUCCUCGAAGCAGGAUUUGCAUUGGAGAGCCACGAUGCGUGCGUCAGUUUCUGCAGCAAAGUGACCACUGACGCAGCAUACGCCGCUGAUGCCACGCCCAGACGUUACCUGAUGGCCUCAUUGGCAGUGUGGUACAUGCGUAAAGAUCGCUUGGAUCAGGCCAAGGUGCUGGAUAGGACCGAGGAAAGCCUGCCCUCUAACGGUCAAUCAAGCUUCCUAGCAGUCAGGACGGGAUUCAAGAUCCUAGAAUGCCGUCUACUGGGCUACUGCCACGCGAUCAAAGCUGGUAGAAAAACGACCAAGGUUAAGACCAAAUUAAAGAAGAUGAUGAAGGCGUUGAAAGCAGACACCAGGCGAUACCCAGGGCUGAAGCCUCGUCUCCAUCACCUCAGGGCCUACAUGCGCCUACUGAACGGCAGCACGCGGGGCGCCAGGGACGAGCUACAACGCAGCCUGCAAAUGAGCAACCAGGCCGGGAACCAGCACGAGGCGUCCUGGGCGCAGCACAGCAUGGAGGCGUGGUUUGACCCGGGUCACCAUCCUCUUACCCAGGACGAGUCCUGGCAACGAUCCACCGAGCAGGACUUGGACUGGCGGGUAGCUGGCAGCAUUGAGAGCGGAGUUGUCAAGUACUCGCUCCCACUACCAAGAUAGACAGAGACAACGGGGAUCAGUGACGGACCUCAAAGUAUAAAAAAAUAACGUGUCGAAAUAGAAUGACACGACAUUUCCUAUACGUUCAACCUGGUGAUUCAGAGAUCCGUUGGCGCCGUAGGGAUAUAUUCGGGCUGGAAUCGGCACCAUAAGGUUAAAUCUAUAUGAAGGGAUGUUAACCCGAGUUGAGGGUUUUGUUGCAGUUAGUUCAUUGUUUUCUAGCAGGAAAAUGUUAAUGAUUGCAUUGUCAUUAUUCAUGUUCAAUUGUUUUGUUGCAGUUAGUUCAUUUUUUUCUAGCAGGAAAAUGUUCAUGAUUGUAUUGUCAUUAUUCAUGUUCAAUUACUUUUGGUUCGGGUUUGAGUCGUUUUGUUGAGGAAAGGUUAAAGGGCCAUUUAAGGGAUACUGGCUUCGUGAAUUUGCGCCCUUUUGAGCUAGCUAGCUCUAAAAUGCACUUCUUACGACAUGAUAAUAGGGGGCCUAGUUGAAGAGAUCAUUAAAAAGUAAACUAUAGUCGUUAACACUUGGAAAACA